UUCCUUCCCUCCUUCCCUCCUUCCUACAGGGUCUCACCUUGUCUCCCAGCUUGGAGUGCAGGGGCAUGAUCCCAGUUAACUGCAACCCCUGCCUCUCAGGCUCAAAUGGACUCACUGCAGCCUCCCAAGUAGCUGGGACUACAGGUGUGAGCUACCAUGCCAGGCUAAUUAUUUGUAUUUUUGGUAGAGACAGGAUCUUGCCAUGUUGCCAAGCCUGGUCUUGAACUCCUGAGCUCAGAUGAUCCAGCCACCCCAGCCUCCCAAAGUGCUGGGAUUACAGGCAUGAGCCACUGCACUCGCCUCUAUUGGUUUUCUUAUUCUGAGUAAGGAGAACACUACUUGCCUGAGAUCUGCAUUUGAAUGAUGUCUCCAGUGAAUAACCUUGUGAUCUUGCCAACUUACCCGGCUUCUCAAGUUCCCUCCACUGCAGUGUUGCAGAGACCAGGAGGAUAAUGAACCACAGCAGUAGUUCUUGAGCUUGGAGCUUCGGUGCACACACCAUCACCUGGGGGGCUCCUGGAAACAGACGGCUGGGUCCCAGCCCCAGGGUCUCUGAUAUAGUCAGUGUGAGUGGAACCUGGUCAUUUGCAAACCUAACAAGUUCCCGCGUGAUGCUGCUGGCCAGGGGCAACACUCUGAGAGCCAUUAAAACCUGUCCAGAAAUAAUAAUUGCAUAAUUUUUUUGUCUCUUCUAUUGUCUUGACUGACAGGUUAAGAAAGGGAAACUGCAUUUAUUGAGUACCAAAAAUUAUGGAAGCCAUCUUGUUUUAUUUAAUACUUACCCUUAAAGUACUUAUUGCUUUAUGGAUGAGAACAUUGAAACUAAAAAAAGUUAAAUGACUGGGCCGGGCACGGUGGCUCAAGCCUGUAAUCCCAGCACUUUGGGAGGCCGAGGCGGGUGGAUCACGAGGUCAAGAGAUCGAGACCAUCCUGGUCAACAUGGUGAAACCCCGUCUCUACUAAAACUACAAAAAAUUAGCUGGGCAUGGUGGUGCGUGCCUGUAAUCCCAGCUACUCAGGAGGCUGAGGCAGGAGAAUUGCCUGAACCCAGGAGCCGGAGGUUGCGUUGAGCCGAGAUCGCGCCAUUGCACUCCAGCCUGGGUAACAAGAGUAAAACUCCGUCUCACACACACAAAAAAAUAAUAAUAAAGUUAAAACUGUGUCUCAAAAAAAAAUGACUUACCCAGAGUUUAACAAUGAGGAAAUGGUGAAUCUGGGAUUCCAAUACAAGUUUGUCCAACUCCGGAAUCUAUAUUCUAUUUGUUACACCUUAUUGCUUGCCAACGGUGUUUGGCCGUGGUAAUUGCAUACGUUUAGGGGUUUAACUUUAUUCUGCUUCUUUCUUUCCCUUUCCUUCUUUUUCUUCCUUCCUUCCUUCCUUCCUUCCUUCCUUCCUUCCUUCCUUUCUUUCUUUUUCUUUCUUCUUUUUCUUUUUUUCCUUUCUUUCUUUUUCUAUUUUUUCUUUCUCUCUGUCUUUCUCUCUUUUCUUCCAAGUCUUGCUCUGUGGGAAGGCUGGAGUGCAGUAGCAUGAUCUCAGCUCACUGCAACCUCUGCCUCCCAGGUUCAAGUGAUUCUCCUACCUCGGCCUCUGGAGUAGCUGGGACUACAGGUGUGCACUACCAUGCCCGACUAAUUUUUUUUUUAAUUUUAGUAAAGAUGGGGUUUCACCAUGUUGGCCAGGAUGGUCUCCAUCUCCUGACCUUGUGAUCUGCCCACCUCGGCCUCCCAAAGUGCUGGGAUUACAGGCGUGAGCCACCGCGCCCAGUCUACUUCUUUCUAUAGGAUAGUUUGUCUUCUACUUUGACUGUCUUUCUAUAUUUUUUCCCAGGUAUUCUGUGUACAGAGUUCAGUCCACUGAUCUAAAACAAGUUACUUUGGCUCUUCGAACUUCAUUUUCCUCAUAUGUAAACCGAGGAAGCAUCCACCUUACAGUGUGGCAGUGAGAGUUACAGACAAUACAUGUGAACCACCUGGCAACGUGCCUGGCCAGCGUAAGGCACAUAACACUCAACAGCUGCUGUUAUUCACUAGCCCCUUGCUCCCCUCCCUUAAACGCCAUCCCUGAUUUCCAAAUGAAUCAGAUGGUGUGUUCUUCUCUUGUUCUGUCACAUUAACUAGAACUUAUUCUGACUAUAUGCUCGAAUUGCCUCAUCGGCAUGUCUCCUACUGGCACCUAUUAUAUUGAAGAGCAUUAUAAAUAUUAAAGAAGAGAACAUGGGCCAGGCGCGGUGGCUCAUGCCUGUAAUUCCAGCACUUUUAGGCCGAGGCGGGUGGAUCACCUGAGGUUGGGAGUUAGAGACUGGUCUGACCAACAUGGAGAAACCCUGUCUCUACUAAAAAUACAAAAUUAGCUGGGCAUGGUGGUGGGUGCCUGUAAUCCCAGCUACUCGGGAGACCGAGACAGGAGGAUCACUUGAACCUGGGAGACAGACGUUGCAGUGAGCCGAGAUCAUGCCAUUGCACUCCAGACUGGGCAACAAGAGUGAAACUCCAUCUCAAAAAAAAAGAGAGAGAAUAUGUAAGAUGCAAUGAAUCAGCCAGUCAACAAGCAAAUAUUGAGCACCUUCUAUGUGCCAGGUGUGGGGUUAUAGUUGUGCAGCAGAAAGUCCUGUUACAGAACUGAAGUGGGGUCUGCUUCCCUGGUGCAAUAAACUCAAACAUUCACACCCAGGCUUGCAGUGGAAGAAAAAAGCGUGUUAAUUUUCAGGAAGCUGAGUAAGGAGAAUCAGGCAGCUCAUGCUUAAGACCUGACCUUCCUGAUGGCUUGCAAGUAAGGGUGUUUAAGGAUGAGGAGGCAGAGGUUACAGGCAAAAUCAUAUAUCAAUACACAUAGACUAUACAUUGGUUUGACCUAAGAAGGUGGGACAUCUCAAACCAGGGGCUUACAGGUCAUAGGUAGACUCAAAGAUUUUCUGAUUUGCAGUCGGUUAUGAAAGCAAAGCUUUAUCUAAAAAUUUGGGAUCAGCAGAAAAGAACAUUAGCCUGGCUCUUCAGCAUGGCUUCCUCCAGGCUUCUCAGGAAGAACUUUAGAACUAAGAAUGGCAGUCAGAAUUCAGUCCUCAAUUCCCCCUUAUCUGAGGUCUGUGCUCCAGUGGAUCCAUUUGGUGGGGGUUUCUGAAAAACAACUCAGGGACAUAUGUUAAGAAGUUAUCUUUAGAUUAUGUAAGGAACAUCUUGUGCCUCUAACUUCCUUGGCCAUGGUUUUAAGCUACUGUUACCUUCUUGCUGAUCAAGUUGCUCAUUUACUUCUCAGAGCUAGCUAGGUGCCUGGAAUUUCCCUUGAAGAAACUCAAGAUUUUCCUUUAUUUCUGUGCUUUGAGGGGUGGGAGGAGGAGGUCCUGGCAGGACCCUUAGAGGGGUCCUGCUCAGUCUCAAUUCUUCCUGUCUUUUGUCACUUCUCAGUCCUGGGGCAGGUAUAGAAACACAGAGUGCUGUGGCUACUUCCUGCUGAAUUGAGGUAAAGAUUAGGGACCAGGAGAUGAGGAGAUAAAUUUCUAGCAUGGAGCUCAAGAUAUUCACGAGUCCCAGGCCUGGCACCAUGGUGCUGGAUUAUUAUAUUAGUUGCUUUCAUCACUGCUUUAUUACAAUAUUUUACAAGGAGAACGUGGCACACAUACACCAUGGAAUACUAUGCAGCCAUAAAAAUGAUCAGAUUGUGUCCUUUGUAGGGACAUGAAUCUGGGAACCAUAAUUCUCAGUGAACUGACAGAAAAAUAGAAAAUCAAACACCACAUGUUCCUUGGUUAUGAUAGAAAGCAUAAGUAAAAUUAGCAAGACUGACAUGCCUAACUUUAGUAAUCCAGAAAACAUGAAGAAUCCAAGAAAACAAAGAAGAAAAUCAGUCCUCUGGAACAGUUGGGGAGACCUGUUGUAACCAAGUGUCUUGUUCUCUAAUUCUUUCUAAUGAGUUUCUACCUGCCCAGAUUCAUUUAUAAAAGUACAGCACAUGGUAUUUGCAAUUAUACAUACUUUAGUCAGCUAAGAUGCAAUCUAAGACCAUCUUAUUAUCUAAGACAACCUGAGCCAAUGAAUUAAUUCCUCUUGGCUAAGUGACUGUUGCAUGCACUAGCAGCAAGAAUUUUGAAAGUGAGGGACAAAUCUCUAAUCGUGUGCUCCUGGGAUGCCACUCCCUACCAAGGUAACAGCAUCUUCCCAAAGUAGUAGCCAGCUCCAUCUUUUUGGAACCCAGGUGAAUGUGGAUUUGUGGAUUCCCAAAGUGAAUAUGUUGACCGUUUAGUUCCAAUGAGUUGUUUAAUUUGCUGGGAACUAAGAUACACAACUUCCAUGUGUUUAGAGAGCAGGCCUCUAAGGGAGACAUAUUUGAGGGCCUUACUCACCUGAAGAGGCAAAAAUCAAAGAAGACUUUAUAAUGAGGCAAAAGAAGGAACUACUAAAAUAAUAAAAUUUUCUUAUUAAUAUUUUUGUGGAGGCGGGGAAGACUCAGAGUAUGACAAUGUAGUGAACUAUCGCACUGUUAUUCCAUUAACUGGGUCAGGGAACAUUUCUACAGGUUAUCUGUCUUUGCCAGUGUUUGAGAAAUUCCAAUUACAUAAUUGUCCUUUUAAUCUAGGGGGUUCAAAGUCCACAAGGAAUAACAAAAGGCAAUCGUGUUUAUGGUUCAAUGUGAGCACUUGAAGUAAUUAAGACCCUAGAGCAGCACACACAGCCUGCUUAGCCAGUAGUUGAUAGACAAAGCAAAAUAAAUAACAAAGAAUAGUUUCUGUCAGUAUCUCUCUCUCUCUCGUUUUUUUUUUUUUUUUUCAAACAAAAUAUAUGAAAUAACAACUUUUUAAAAAUUGUACUUUAGGUUCUGGGGUACCUGUGUAGAUCAUGCAGGAUUGUUGCAUAGGUACACACAUGGCAAUGUGGUUUGCUGCCUCCACCCCGCCGUCACCUAUAUCUGGCAUUUCUCCCCAUGUUAUCCCUCCCUGACCUCCCCACCCUCCUGCUGUCCCUCCCUUGGCCCCGACAACAUGUGGUGUUUGAUUUUCUGUUUUUCUGUCAGUUCGCUGAGAAUUAUGGUUCCCAGAUUCAUGUCCCUACAAAGGACACAAACUGAUCAUUUUUUAUGGCUGCAUAGUAUUCCAUGGUGUAUGUGUGCCAUGUUUUCCUCGUUCAGUCUAUCGCUGAUGGGCAUUUGGGUUAGUUCCAGGUUUUUGCUAUUGUAAACAGUGCCGCUGUGAACAUACGUGUGCAUGUGUCUUUAUAAUAGAAUGAUUUAUAAUCCUUUGGGUAUAUACCCAGUAAUGGGAUUGUUGGGUCAAAUGGAAUUUCUAUUUCUAGGUCCUUAAGCAAGCACCACACUGUCUUCCACAAUGGUUGAACUAGUUUACACUCCCACCAACAGUGUAAAAGUGUUCCUGUUUCUCCACAUCCUCUCCAGCAUCUGUUGUCUCCAGAUUUUUUAUUGAUUGUGAUUCUAACUGGUGUGAGGUAGUAUCUCAAUGUGGUUUUCAUUUGCAUUUCUCUAAUAAUCAGUGAUGAUGAGCAUUUUUUCAUAUGUUUGUUGGCUUCAUAUAUGUCUUCUUUUGAAAAAUGUCUGUUCAUUUUGGAUGGGUUUGUUUGUUUUUUUUUUCUGGUAAAUCUGUUUUAGUUCUUUGUAAAUUCUGGAUAUCAGCCUUUUGUCAGGUGGGUAGACUGCAAAAAUUUUUUCCCAUUCUGUUGGUUGCCUGUUCACUCUAAUGAUUGUUUCUUCUGCUGUAUAGAAGCUCUGGAGUUUAAUUAGGUCCCAUUUGUCUAUUUUGGCUUUUGUUGCCAAUGCCUUUGGUGUUUUAGUCAUGAAGUCCUCACCUAUGCCUAUGUCCUGAAUGGUUUUGCCUAGGUUUUCUUCUAGGGUUUUUAUGGUGUUAGGUCUUAUGUUUAAGUCUUUAAUCCAUCUGGAGUUAAUUUUAGUGUAAGGUGUCAGGAAGGGGUCCAGUUUCUGCUUUCUGCACACUGCUAGCGAGUUUUCUGUCAGUAUCUCUUAUUAUUUACUGUUAGGCAUCUGUCUUCCAAGCAGCAGUGUGAGAUCUGUCAGAGUUCACUAGUCCACCUGGAGAAGUCAGUCUUAGGGGUGUGCCUCCAUUCCAGGUUCAGAUGAUCAGGACUAUAAUGUUUUUAAGGCAUGGUUCCUGUUUUCUGUCACAUUCUGAUAGACAGGGUUAGGAAACUCUUGGGGAACCAGGUUUGCCCAGGAAUGGUGGAUCUACAGUUUGACCCUUCUUAAUUGUACUGAGGAAUGAGUCAUCGAUAUCACAUGGUCCCGUCCAAUGAGGAUGAGAUUGAUCUUCAACCAGUUUUCUUACAGUCUGGAGGGCAGUCAGUUUUGUCAUCUAGAUAUUAGGCUCAAAACAUCAUGAGGCAUGAAUUUCAGCUCAGGAAAAAGGUAGUAGCAAUUUCAUUGAGUCUAAGUCAGGAAAAUGGAAGAAAUUUUUCUCUCUCCUUCUGGCAUUUCUAUCAAAGAUGAAUCAUAGUAGGAUCAAUUUAUUUGUAAAAUAAGUUUCAGUCUUCUUGUUUUUGGCCUGAUUAUUUGCACAAAGUGAGUGAAAAUAGUUAUUGACUGUAUAGGUUCUUUUAAAGUUGGCGUUGCUAGAAUUUUUUUUUUUUUCUUUAAAGAUGGGGUUUCACCAUGAUGGCCAGGCUGGUCUUGAACUCCUGACCUCAGAUGAUCCACCCACAUUGGCCUCUGAAAGUGCAAGGAUUAUAGGCGUGAGCUACCAUGCCCGGCCUCGAAACAUUUUUUUAUAAGGAAUCUUAGAUUACACUUUUUAAUAGCCUCUAAAGCCAAGCCAAGGAUUUAUCUGUGCCUGCAGAUACCUAUAUGAAUUGUAUUAUUUCCUCUCUUAUUGAGGUCCCAAAAUAUCCUGAGGUUCUCAUGCUGUCAGAAAGCUAUAUACUUUACUGACCACAAGGUCAGGAACUUUGUGAGGAAAUUGUUUAAAUAGUUUUUCCCGGGGACUUUUUGUUAGCUCUAUAAAGUCAACUUCAAUUCCUCAAAGCAGUCUGGUCAUAUGUGAAAAUAUGCACUUCCAAUCAAAGCCUUGGUAAAAUAAUCCGUGUCUCCAAUUGUGUGCUGUUACAAAAGAAAACAGAUUCUUAGUAAACUUAUGCAAAUAACUAUAUUGCCAUAAACUAAGAAUACUCACAAAUGGUUUCCAAUUUUUGGAAAAAUUAGGUAGAGAGAGAGAAACAUGCUUCAAGUUUUGUUCACAAGGGUUUACUUUAAUCAAUUGUUCAAAGCUAUAAAUGGCCCAAAAGAAAAAGUCUUCUUGACGCUGGAAAUAAAACAAAAAGAACCAGCAAUGUUUCAAACAAAAAAGUAAAAAAAUUGUUCCAGUUAUCUUUUUUUUUUUUUGACAUGGAGUUUUGCUCUUGUUACCCAGACUGGAGUGCAAUGGCACGAUCUCAGCUCACUGCAACCGCCGCCUUCUGGGUUCAAGCAAUUCUCCUGCCUCAGCCUCCUGAGUAGCUGGGACUACAGGCGCGCACCACCAUGCCCAGCUAAUUUUUGUAUUUUUAGUAUAGAAGGGAUUUCACCUUGUUGACCAGGAUGGUCUCAAUCUCUUGACCUCAUGAUCCACCCACCUCAGCCUCCCAAAGUGCUGGGAUUAUAGGCGUGAGCCACCACGCCCAGUCUGUUCCAGUUAUCUAUUAGUUUAGCUCCAUAUAAUUAACUCUUGUUCUCUUUGAUGUUGAGUUAGCAAUCCUCAUAAGUAUGUCAGUUUUUAAUUAGAGUUCUGGAGGGUUUUUUGUUUGUUUAUUUUGUUUGUUUGUUUUUUCCUAGUCAAUGGUACCAUCUCCAAAGUUAUCAGAAACCUGUAUUUAAGAGUAUUUGUGAGAGUCCUUUCCAUGAACUUCUUCAAAGAAGAAACCACUUUUUGAGAAGUUUUAGGUAGCAAAAGUCCUGGAAAAGCUAUGAUUAAAGAAGCAAUUGACAAGAGACUGUGACAUACAACAAUUUAACAUAAUAGUUAUAAUUAUUGUUGAUAACAUAUAUUAAGGCACCAGAAUUUUAAGAAUCUCAUAUAAUUUUGGAACACAUAUUAAUAACACAUUUAUGCAAAUACAACCCAAAUAAAGUUAAAUAUCAUUUUAUAUUUCACAAUGCUUCCUGUAUGAUUUUAACACACAAAGUAAGUUCAAUAUGUCUUUCCUGGACUUCCAGGGGCCUUAACAUCAAAAAAUUAGUUUGAGGUCAAGAAGGCUGAAUUGAGAAUUUGAAAUUUAAUUUUUGAAUGUUUGUUAGAUAUUAGAGGUUUACAACAGUUGAUAUCACAAAAUAGGAUCACAGGAAACUGUAAAGCAAUAGUCAUCCAUUUAGCUGAAGUGAUAAUUCAAGGAUUUUGAAAAGCGAAAUUUACUCUUUCAUAGGGAGGAGACUCAGUUUUCCAAAUAAUCAUAAGACCUCAUAAAGAUAGCACAGUGCCAGCUGAAUCUGUCUUUUCCUUUUUUGCAUCUUUUAUUUUUGGAGCUUAUUCAAAGGGUAAGCAUAAUCUGUUAUUAUGUCUUAUUAAUAUUACAUGAAAAUCUUAUUAAAAGAGAAAACCAAGUUCUACCUUUUCAUUGCAUAUAUUAUUAAUGCUAAAGGAAAUUUAAAUAAAACUUUAUAAACAAAUCCAUCUAAUCUCAGUCAGUUUUGACCCCAAGAUAAGAUUUUUAUUACCCUUUUGUAACCUCUUACAAUUUUUUAUCAAAGAGCAGAUCAGUGCUCCAAGAAAACUUUGUCAUUCUGACACAGAGUCCCAGACUCUGACCCUGCAUCAGUGUGCUUUUGAUAUUAAUGCAUAAUUUUUAGAAAACUAAAUAAUCCCCUUUUAAUUUUAGCCAAAUCAAUCAUACACAAAGUUCAUUUCACAAGAUCAAUUUUUCAUAAAUAUUUUUCUACAACUUGCUUAAACCUUCAGUUUUGUCCAAAUUGGAUGUUUGCUGUAAAUAGCAGAGUAACUGGAUAAUAGGGUUAAAAGAGAGGUUUAUUACUUUAUUACAGGUGGAUUGGGACCUCUAUAGAAAGAGAACCCCCAGUUUUGUCCUAUCAUUUUUACCUUAGCGCUAAAGUUUUUCUUUUAUCAUGACUUAACCAAGGGAUGCAUGAGGUCUCCAAAGAGGUGAAAAGCAGUUCUCAUAAGAUCCAGAAUCACCCCAAAGACAGUUCCAAGAAAGAAAAGUUUUGCUAGCCACAAAUGGAGUAUAAUCCACAUUUCUGUUUGGCCAUAUUCUCUAGAAUCUCAGCUGAGAAUCUACACAUAAAGGCCCCAAAGCCCAUGUGCCUCUGAGAUGAAAAAAAUGAAGGGAAUCAAAAGUUGUUCAUGGAAGGGAAAAGAAUAAAAAUUGGCAAAAGUCACAUGAAUAUCAAAUCAAAAAGGACUUGUUCUGUAAUUUCCCAUUGGGUUCUUCCUGCCCACUGGACAAAUAAAGACCACAGCAUAGCAGCAAGGAAAAAAUUUAAUUGACUUGAAGCUGGCCAUGCCAUGCAAGAGAUUGAGUUAGCCCUCAAAUCAAUCUCAUCUCAGGCUGAUAGGUUAGGGGUUUUUCUUUUAUUUAUUUAUUUAUUUUUAAGACUGGGUUUUACCAUGUUGGUCAGGCUGGUCUGGAACUCCCGACCUCAGGUGAUCCACCCGCCUUUGCCUCCAAAGUGCUUGGAUUACAGGCAUGAGCCUACAUGCCCAGCAGGUAAGGGGUUUUUCUUUUUUUUUUUUUUUUUUUAAAUUUUUUAUUGGAUUUUAGGUUUUGGGAUACAUGAGCAGAGCAUGCAAGACAGUUGCAUAGGAACACACAUGGCAGUGUGCUUUUCUUUCCUUCUCCCCUUCACCCACAUUUGGCAUUUCUCCCCAGGCUAUCCCUCCCCACCUCCCCCUCCCACUGGCCCUCCCCUUUUCCCCCCAAUAGACCCCAGUGUUUAGUACUCCCCUUUCUGUGUCCAUGUGUUCUCAUUUUUCAUCACCUGCCUAUGAGUGAGAAUAUGCGGUGUUUCAUUUUCUGUUCUUGUGUCAGUUUGCUGAGGAUGACGUUCUCCAGGUAAGGGGUUUUUCAAAGACAGUUGGGGAUGGCCAAGAAAUGGGUGCUUGGUGCUGAUUGGUUGGAGCAGAGAUGAACUCAUAGGAGGUCACAGCUAUCCUCUUGAGCUGAGUCGCUUCUGGAUGGGGCCACAGGAAUGGGGUUGGCAGGUCUAGGUGGAGCCAUGGAUAGUAAAUAUGCAAAAAGCCUGAAAAAAUAUAUAUAUAAAAGGGCCAAUCUUAGGUCCUACAAUAGUGAUGUUAUUUGCAGGACCUCUGCAAUAAUGGCUGGCAAUCAUUUAUGUCUACACCUUAGCAGAAUUCGGGCUCCUCCUCCUCCCCAAGCCUGAGGGUCUCUUAUUGGCUUUACAAAGGUAGUUGAACUCUGGGGAUGGCCUAUAACCUAUAUGUCUUCCCAAGUUAGCUAGGCCUAACCCAAGGAAUGAUUAAGAGAAAGGCAAGAGGAGGAUGGGUAGAUCGGGUCUCUUUCACUGUCAUAAUUUUCUCACUGACACAAUUUUUGCAAAGGUGGUUUCAGUUCCAUCACUAGGAACUGAACACAAGCUGCUGUAGUGAAAUGGCAGAACCUUAGCUACUGGACUGCAGUGUGGAACAGUCUUUGCUGUUAUUUCUGGAGAAGAUCUAAAUCAUGCAGUUUCUAUCUUGCAAAGAUUUUUAAACUUCGUUUUAGGUUAUAUUUUUGUUCUUUAAUUUCAUCAAGAGAAUUUUUUUUUUUUUUUUUUUGUAGAAACAGGGUUUCACUAUGUUGGCCAGGCUGGUCUCAAACUCCUGACCUCAGGCGAUCCACCCACCUCAGCCUCCCAAAGUGCUGGGAUUACAGGGGUGAGCCACCUCACUUGGCCAAGAGACCCAGUCAAGCACAAAUGCUUGGAUCCAUCCCUGAGCAAAAUAAAGUCAGGCAACUGCUGUCUAGGGGCUGAUGUGCCGUGGGUGAGACUACCACUUGGGACUUUGUCCCUUUGCACUUGCCAACUAAUUGUUACUGAAUCGACGUGGGGUCCACUCACUGGCACGGUAAGUCCAAACAUCUACAUCAAGGUUUGUGGUGGGAGAAAGGAGGGUAUUUAUUUGCGAGUGUCAGCAAGGAGAACCCAGCAGCUCACGUUUAAGACCUGGCUUCCCCUGUGGCUUGUAAGAGUUUUUUAAGGAGGGGAGGCAGAGGUUACAGGCCAAUUACAUGCAUGGAGGCUAUAUAUUGGUUUGACCUAAAAAGGUAGGGCAUCUCAAAGCAGGGGCUUACAGUUCAUAGGUAGAUUCAAAGAUGUUCUGAUUUGCAAUUGGUUAAGGAAGCAAAACUUUGUAUAAAAAUUUGGGUUCAGUAGAAGAGAAUGUGAGCUCUGGCUUGUGGGCAUGACUUCCUCCCCAUCCUUCGGGAAGAGCUUCAAAAGAAAGAGGAAUGGUCAGAGUUCAGUCCUCAGUUCCUCCUUAUCCGAGGUCCGUGGGCUAGCGGAUCCAUUUGGUGGGGGUCCAGGUAUCUGAAAAAGAACUCAGAGAGGCCGGGCGCGGUGUCUUACGCUUAUAAUCCCAGCACUUUGGGAGGCCAAGGUGGGUGGAUCACGAGGUCAAGAGAUUGAGACCAUCCUGGUCAACAUGGUGAAACCCGUCUCUACUAAAAAUACAAAAAUUAGCUGGGCAUGGUGGUGUGUGCCUGUAGUCCAACUACUCAGGAGGCCGAGGCAGGAGAAUUGCCUGAACCCAGGAGGCAGAGGUUGCGGUGAGCCGAGAUCGCGCCAUUGCACUCCAGCCUGGGUAACAAGAGCGGAACUCCGUCUCAAAACAAAAAACAAAACAAAACAAACAAGCAAAAGAAUUCAGAGAAACAUAUGUUAAGACGUUAUCUUUGGGGGUAAAGGGAUAAAGAUAAUGUUCUACAGGGAACAUCUUGUGACGCUAACUUCCUUGGGUAUAUAUAGAUUUAAGCUACUAUUACCUUCUUGACUAUGAAAUUGCUCAUUUGCUUCUCAGGGCUAGCAAGGUGCCUGGAAUGUUCCUUGAAGAAACUAUUUUCCUUUAUUUCCAUGUUGCGGGGAGGGGCCUGCUGGCUGCUAUGAGGGGUCCCUGCUCUAUCUCAGUACUUGUCCUAAAGAAUCCUAUAUAAUUGUUCUUGUUGCUUCUUUUUGGAGGUGGCAGGGAUUAUAUCUCUGAAUCUCACAAAAGCACUGGUGCUACUUUUCCAGUAGUGCUUUGCUUUGCUUCUGAGCUGUUCUGAUUUGUUUGUUGUUGGUUUCCUUUCUGUGUUCUGGGAGCCAGUGACUUGGCUGGGAACUCGAAAUCCUACCUUUGAACUCCUGGCAGUUCCCUGUCUGUUUUCACACAGAUGGACUUGCUGGAAUCAGUAGUGAGACACCUCUGGUCUUAAUACCUGUAGGGUUGAAGGUGUGGGUGUGGUCAUAGCCAUCUUGGCAUCCAAGGGCAAUGCAUUACUCAUGUUUCUGGUGAUGCUGGUGUGAACAAACCUACCAUGCUGCAGUUGUAUGAAAAUGUCUCACAUACAGUUAUGUAAGGUAUACGAUUCUUGAUAAUGAUAAUACAAUGACUGUUUCUGGUUUGUGUAUUUCCUAUACAUACAUAAAUAAAUAACAAUCAUUUUCAUUGACUAUGUUAAUAUGACGAUAUACUUUUUAUUGUUAUUUCAGAGUAUACUCCUUGUACUCAUCUUUUUUAGGUUAACUGUAAAACAGCUUAGGCAGGUCCUUUGGGGGUAUUCCAGAGGAAAGCAUGUCAUAGGAGAUGACAGUCCAUGCAUGUUGUUCCCCCAAAGACCUUCCAGUGGGUCAAGAUGUGGAGACGGAAGGCGGUGAUAUUGAUGAUCCUGACACUGUGUAGGCCUAAGGUAAUGUGUGUUUGUGCCUUAGUUUUGUUCCUGUUUUUUUUUUUUUUGAGAUGGAAUUUUGCUCUUAUUGCCCUGGCUGGAGUGCAGUGACACAAUCUCAGCUCACCACAACCUCCACCUCCCAGGUUGAAGCAAUUCUCCUGCCUCAGCCUCCCAAGUAGCUGGAAUUAUAGGCAUGAACCACCACACCCGGCUAAUUUUGUAUUUUUAGUUUCUCCAGGGUUUCUCCAUGUUGGUCAGGCUGAUCUCAAACUCCCGACCUCAGGAUCCACCCACUUCGGCCUCCCAAAGUGCCAGGAUUACAGGCAUGAGCCACCACGCCUGGCCUGUGCCUUAGUUUUUAACAAAACAGUUUAAAAAGGCAAAAAAAAAAAAAAAAUUAAUAGAAAAAAGCUUAUAAGAAUUGAGACAAAAUAUUCUUGUAUAGCUGUGCAGUAUAUUUGUAUUUUAAACUGUAUUACAAGAGUCCAAAAGAUUUGAAAAAUAUUAAAAAGUUUAUAAAGUAAAAAAGUUAUAGUAAGCUAAGUUUAAUUUAUUAUUGAAGAAAGAAAUUUUAAAUGAAUGUAGUGUCAUCUAAAGGUACAGUAGGUCUACAGUCGUGUACAAUAAUGUCCUAGGCCUUCACCUUUACUCACCACUCACCCACUGAUUCACCCAGAGCAACUUCCAGUCCUGCAAGCUCCAUUCAUGGGCGUUGAGGUGGCAGGACCCAGUUCUGGACACAGCCUUCACCCCAAAUCUUACUGCCAAGAUCAGAAGGAAUCUUCCCAAGAGAGAGCAGCAGCCACUCACACAUGGAGCAACUGCAGGAUCCCGGGUACUUGAUAAACAUCGUUGAAAACAACCUGCCUGCAUCCUGUGUGUCUAUGCAUCCUCUCCACCCUGGCCUGCUGUAAGCAGCUGUGAACCUUCUCAUCCUUACACUUCAGCUCUAUGCCUUUCUAACAUGAUGGGCCAGAGCUGGCUGUUGCUGUGUUGAGAAUGACCUUGCCUGAUUAGUCCAUGCUCACAUUACUAUAAAGGAAUACCUGAGACUAGGCCGGGCGCGGUGGCUCACGCCUGUAAUCCCAAUACUUUGGGAGGCUGAGGCGGGUGGAUUACCUGAGGUCAGGAGUUCAAGACCAGCCUGGCCAACACAGUGAUACCCAGACUCUACUAAAAAUAAAAAAAUUAGCUAGGCAUGAUGGCAGGCACCUGCAAUCCCAGCUACUCAGGAGGUUGAGGAAGGAGAAUCUCUUGAACCCAGGAGGUGGAAGUUGCAGUGAGUCAAGAUCAUGCCACUGCACUUAAGCCUGGGCAUCAGAGACCUUGUCUAAAAAACAAAAAACAAAGACUAGGUGAUUUGUAAAGAAGAGUUGUUUAGUCCGAGCGCUGUGGCUCACGCGUGUAAUCCCAGCUACUUGGGAGGCUGAGGCAGGAGAAUUGCUUGAACCCGGGAGGCGGAGGUUGCAGUGAGCCGAGGUCAUGCCACUGCACUCCAGCCUGGCGCCUGGUGAUGGAGUGAGACUCUGUCUCGAAAAAAAAAAAAAAAAGAAAAUUUGUUUAAUUGGCUCACAGUUCUGAGGGCUGUAACAUGAAGCAUGAUGCUGGGAUCUGCUUCUGGGGAGGCCUCAGGAAGCUUUUGCUCAUGCAGAAGGCAAUGCAGGGGCAGGCACAGGACUGAGAGAAAAGGAGGAGGUGCUGCAUACUUUUAAAACAACUGAUCUUGUGAGAACUCACUAUUACGAGAACAGCACCGGCAGGGAAAUCCACCCCCACGAUCCAAUCACUUCCCACCAUGCCCACCUCCAGCACUGAGGAUGACAAUUCCACAUGAGAUUUGGGCAAGGACACAGAUCCAAACCCUAUCACUGGGGAUUUGUCAUUCAUCAAGUCAUUCAUGCACUUCCUUGUUCUAUAGUCAUUCGUUCAUUUCCAUAUUCAUGUCCCAUAGGUCCUUUCGCAUUAAUGCCUCCAACAUAGAGUUCCUGAUUUUUAUUCUACGCCUAAAUUAGUUUCUCUUCCUGCCUUUCCAGUGUCAGUCAGGGGCAUCCCUGCUCCUCAGUCUCAACAGCCAGGAACCUAGGCGUCACUGCCGACACCUCUGCCCCCUCACCUUCCGUAUGCAUUCAUCAUCAAGUCCGUCUUCAACAUUAUCAGCCCUACUCCUUCCAUUCAUCCCCUGUGUGACCUUGGAUGAAACUGAAACUGAUGAGUAAUAGAGCUUGUGCCAUCCAGAAUGCCCCCCUCCAGGGCCUUCCAUGGGCUUAGAGGAAUCCCGAUCACCUGUGUGCUUAAGAGCCACCGAGAACAAAGGCAUGGUAAAGGCAAGUCAAAAACUGAGGCUCCAACCCCAGAGAACACAGCCUCAUCACUGCUUUAAACAUCUCUCGGCCACCUUUGGCGAGGGAACUGGGCAGUUCCAGACAGUCCCGAAGCUCCCAAGGCACGGGUCUCUUCCCAGUUGGACUCUCCUUACCCGGGGAAGCAGUGCAGCCCUCUGCGAGCCCCACAGUGAAGAAUAUCUGAGCUCAAAUCCAGAGAAGUGACAUAAGUGAACUGCUUUGCGAAGCCGUGGGGAUGGCCUGUCCUUGGAGGUUUCUGUUCAAGGCCAAAUUCCACCAAGAUGUAAUGACGGAGGGAAAAGACAUCAACAACAAUGUGGGCAAAGCCCCCUAUGCCACCUCCAGUCUGGUGGCACAGGAUGACCCCCUGCGUCACAGCCUCAGCAAGCUGCAGAAUGAGUCCCCACAGCCCUUCAUGGGGACAGGAAAGAAGUCUCCAGAAUCCCUGGUCAAGCUGGAUGCAACCCUAUCGUCCUGCCCACGGCACGUGAGGAUCAAAAACUGGGGUAGCGGGAUGACUUUCCAAGACACACUUCACCACAAGGCCAAAGGGAUUUUGACUUGCAGGUCUAAAUCUUGCCUGGGGUCUAUUAUGACUCCCAAAAGUUUGACCAGAGGACCCAGGGACAAGCCUACCCCUCCAGACGAGCUCCUACCUCAAGCUAUCGAAUUUGUCAACCAAUAUUACGGCUCCUUCAAAGAGGCAAAAAUAGAGGAACAUCUGGCCAGGGUGGAAGCAGUAACAAAGGAGAUAGAAACAACAGGAACCUACCAACUGACGGGAGAUGAGCUCAUCUUCGCCACCAAGCAGGCCUGGCGCAAUGCCCCGCGCUGCAUCGGGAGGAUCCAGUGGUCCAACCUGCAGGUCUUCGACGCCCGCAGCUGUUCCACCGCCCGGGAGAUGUUUGAACACAUCUGUAGACACCUGCGUUACUCCACCAACAACGGCAACAUCAGGUCGGCCAUUACCGUGUUCCCCCAGCGGAGUGAUGGCAAGCACGACUUCCGGGUGUGGAACGCUCAGCUCAUCCGCUACGCCGGCUACCAGAUGCCCGAUGGCAGCAUCAGAGGGGACCCUGCCAACGUGGAAUUCACUCAGCUGUGCAUCGACCUGGGCUGGAAGCCCAAGUACGGCCGCUUCGAUGUGGUGCCCCUGGUCCUGCAGGCCAAUGGCCGAGACCCUGAGCUCUUCGAAAUCCCACCUGACCUUGUGCUUGAGGUGGCCAUGGAACAUCCCAAGUACGAGUGGUUUCGGGAGCUGGAGCUAAAGUGGUAUGCCCUGCCUGCAGUGGCCAACAUGCUACUUGAGGUGGGCGGCCUGGAGUUCCCGGGGUGCCCCUUCAAUGGCUGGUACAUGGGCACAGAGAUCGGAGUCCGGGACUUCUGUGACGUCCAGCGCUACAACAUCCUGGAGGAAGUGGGCAGGAGAAUGGGCUUGGAAACGCACAAGCUGGCUUCGCUCUGGAAAGACCAGGCUGUCGUUGAGAUCAACAUUGCUGUGCUCCAUAGUUUCCAGAAGCAGAAUGUGACCAUCAUGGACCACCACUCAGCUGCAGAAUCCUUCAUGAAGUACAUGCAGAAUGAAUACCGGGCCCGCGGGGGCUGCCCGGCCGACUGGAUUUGGCUGGUCCCUCCCAUAUCUGGGAGUAUCACCCCCGUGUUUCACCAGGAGAUGCUGAACUACGUCCUGUCCCCUUUUUACUAUUAUCAGGUAGAGGCCUGGAAAACCCAUGACUGGCAGGACAAGAAGCGGAGACCCAAGAGAAGAGAGAUUCCGCUGAAAGUCUUGGUCAAAGCUGUGCUCUUUGCCUGUAUGCUGAUGCGCAAGACGAUGGCGUCCCGAGUCAGAGUCACCAUCCUUUUUGCGACAGAGACGGGAAAAUCAGAGGCGCUGGCCUGGGACCUGGGGGCCUUGUUCAGCUGUGCCUUUAACCCCAAGGUUCUCUGCAUGGACAAGUACAGGCUGAGCUGCCUGGAGGAGGAGCGGCUGCUGCUGGUGGUGACCAGCACGUUCGGGAACGGAGAUUGCCCCAGCAACGGAGAGAAACUAAAGAAAUCCCUCUUCACACUGAAAGAGCUCACCAACAAAUUCAGGUACGCGGUGUUUGGCCUCGGCUCCAGCAUGUACCCUCAGUUCUGUGCGUUUGCUCAUGACAUUGACCAGAAGCUGUCCCACCUGGGGGCCUCUCAGCUCACCCCAACGGGAGAAGGGGAUGAGCUCAGUGGGCAGGAGGAUGCCUUCCGCAGCUGGGCAGUGCAAACCUUCAAGGCGGCCUGCGAGACAUUUGAUGUCCGAGGCAAACAGCACAUUCGGAUCCCCAAGCUCUACACCUCCAAUGUGACCUGGGACCCACACCACUACAGGCUUGUGCAGGACUCACAGUCUUUGGACCUCAGCAAAGCCCUCAGCAACAUGCACUCCAAGAAUGUGUUCACCAUGAGGCUGAAAUCUCGGCAGAAUCUACAGAGUCAGAAAUCCAGCCGUGCCACCAUCCUAGUGAAACUCUCCUGUGAGGAUGGCCAAAGUCUGAACUACCUGCCAGGGGAGCACCUCGGGGUUUGCCCAGGCAACCAGCCAGCCCUGGUUCAAGGCAUCCUGGAGCGAGUGGUGGACGGCCCUGAGCCCCACCAGACAGUGCGCCUGGAGGCCCUGGAUGAGAGUGGCAGCUACUGGGUCAGAGACAAGAGGCUGCCCCCCUGCUCACUCAGCCAGGCCCUCACCUACUUCCUGGACAUCACCACCCCCCCAACCCAGCUGCUGCUCCAAAAGCUGGCCCAGGUGGCCACAGAAACAGCUGAGAGACAGAGGCUGGAGGCCCUGUGCCAGCCCUCAGAGUACAGCAAGUGGAAGUUCACCAACAGCCCCACAUUCCUGGAGGUGCUGGAGGAGUUCCCAUCCUUGCGGGUGUCUGCUGGCUUCCUGCUCUCCCAGCUCCCCAUUCUGAAGCCCCGGUUCUACUCUGUCAGCUCCUCCUGGGAUCACACACCCACCGAGAUCCACCUGACUGUGGCCGUGGUCACAUACCACACCCAAGGUGGCCAGGGUCCCCUGCACCACGGCGUCUGCAGCACAUGGCUCAACAGCCUGAAGCCCCAAGACCCAGUGCCCUGCUUUGUGCGAAGUGCCAGCGGCUUCCAGCUCCCUGAGGACCCCUCCCAUCCUUGCAUCCUGGUCGGGCCUGGCACAGGCAUUGCCCCGUUCCGCAGUUUCUGGCAGCAGCGGCUCCACGACUCCCAGCACAAGGGAGUGCAGGGAGGGCGCAUGACCCUGGUGUUCGGAUGCCGCCGCCCAGAUGAGGACCACAUCUACCUGGAGGAAAUGCUGGAGAUGGCCCAGAAGGGAGUGCUGCACGCGGUGCACACAGCCUAUUCCCGCCUGCCGGGCAAGCCCAAGGUCUAUGUUCAGGACAUCCUGCGGCAGCAGCUGGCCAGCGAGGUGCUCCGUGUGCUCCAUGAGGAGCCAGGGCACCUCUAUGUUUGUGGGGAUGUGCGCAUGGCCCGGGACGUGGCCCACACCCUGAAGCAGCUGGUGGCUGCCAAGCUGGACUUGAAUGAGGAGCAGGUUGAGGACUAUUUCUUUCAGCUCAAGAGUCAGAAGCGCUAUCAUGAAGAUAUCUUUGGUGCUGUAUUUCCCUACGAGGUGAAGAAGGACAGGGCGGCGGUGCAGCCCAGUAGCCUGGAGAUGUCUGCGCUCUGACGGCGCACAGAGGGGUCAAAGCUGCCAGCACAGAACGUAACCAUGGAGCCACCUCUGCAUUAUCCGAGGUCGCAGGGCCUGGGGAGAUGGAGGAAAGUGUUAUGUCCAAGCCUCACAUCCUAUUUCCUCACCUCGUUCCCCAUCAAGCCCUUUACUUGACCUGCCAAGUAGCACCCUGGAUUGGUUGGAACCUUCUCUCUGGGGAAAAGGGACGCUGGGGCCUCCCUGGUCCCUUGGAGAUGAAAUCUUCAAUGCCAGGCCUGGCAAGUGGGUAAAGAUAGAACCUGCUGCUGAGUGCAUCACUGCAAGUGACUACCAGGAGGUGCUGUUGUGCCACCGUGUAUUUAACUGCCCUGUGUACAGUUAUUUAUGCCUCUGUAUUUAAAAAACUAACACCCAGACUGUUCCCAGCGGCCACUUGGGCCUUCCCUGUAUGAUUCCUUGAUGGAGAUAUUUAUAUGAAUUACAUUUUAUUUGAAUCAC